AAUGAUCAUAUCACUUGGCUCAUUAAUAAAUGAUCAACCGCAUUGAAAUAAAAAUCAUGGAUUCAAUAUUUUUUCCCUUCCCACCCAAAUAAAGUAAUAACUAAUCAAAAUAGCAAGAAUAAUUUUACAAAUAUAUUCUACCCACAGAAAAUCAGAAAUGUGUUACCAGUACUCUUCAUCCAUCCAGGGUUAAUUAAAUUUGGGGAAGACAUUUAUCAAGAAAGAAAUUGAGUUAUGAAUAAUUAAAAAAAAAAAAGAAAAAAGGAUAAGUAUAGAAUAAGCUACGGUGAAGAUGAGUACUAGAGACGUUGGUGGACGACAGCUACGUCAGGGUUACGCUAACCUAACUCAUAGAUGUGAUUCGGUGCUUCCCAAUUGACACAGCUUUGAAUCUUCAAACAAGCUUUCCUGUAAAAUUGUAACCAAUAUUUAGAUCUUCCUCAAUAUCUUAUUCUAGUAAUGGCCGAUAGAAAAAAAGAAGCAAAGGUCAUGGGUUUGAGUUUUAUAUUUAAGAAGCUUGCUCUGGUUGCAGUAACGUUGACACUUGCAGCAACUUCAGUGGCAGCUCAAACACAACCAGGUUGUGAAAGCAGCUGCGGGAAUAUCAGCAUUCCUUAUCCUUUCGGUACAGGCGAUGGUUGCAAUAUUAGCAGCAACUUUUUCAUUACUUGUAACACCACUUUCAAUCCUCCAAAAGCAUUCUUAACCACCAGUACUAUUGAGAUUCUCGACAUCUCUCUGGACGGUUAUUUGCGCAUAAGUGAAUCCAUAGGUUAUGACUGUUACAACGAAGUCGGGCGUACUUUAUAUUUUGAUAUAUGGUUGCAGCUUUCAAAAUUCCCCAUAUCUCAUACCAGAAAUAAGUUCACAGCCAUUGGUUGUGAUACUUAUGCUCACGUAAAGGAUUAUUUGGGAGAUACGUAUUCAACCGGAUGUUUAACGUUUUGUGAUAAUAUUACCAAUGUGGUGAAGGGAUCUUGCUCUGGCAUCGGCUGCUGCCAGACGGCUAUCCCUAAAGGAGUGAGGAGUUAUCAUGUAACGUUUGAUAGUUCUAACAAACAUUCCAAUGUGUUGAGCUUCAAUCCUUGCAGCUAUGGAUUUGUUGCGGAAGAUGGAGCCUAUAACUUCUCUAUUUCAGAUCUUUACGACAAAAAUUUCCGCGACAAAGAAUUCCCAAUGAUACUUGAUUGGACAAUCGGGAAUCAAACCUGCGCAGAAGCUAAAAUGGAUCAAAAAAAUUAUGCUUGCAAGGAAAAUAGCGACUGCAUAGAUCCGGAAAAUGGUCCUGGAUAUUUGUGCAAGUGUCUUGAUGGUUUUCAGGAUAUUAACGAGUGCGAUACGUUGAAGCCUUGCAAUGGAACAUGUAACAAUGCGCCUGGAAGUUAUAAUUGUUCAUGCCCUGAUGGGUUUGAGGGUGACGGCUUGAGAAAUGGAACAGGCUGUAGUCCUAAAGUAGUCAUGCUCCACCGUCAGAGCUUUUCUAUUGCUGUAGUUGCAUUAGGUAUAGGCGUUGGUGUUUUGUUUUCACUCUUGUGCUUGUCAUGGGUUUAUAUGGGGCUUAGGCAAAGAAAGCUCACCGCAGAGAAAUCGGAAAACCUUCAGCAAAAUGGCGGGAUGUUAAUGCGAGAACAGCUUCCAAAACGGGCUGAAAUGCUUACGACCUAAGAGCCCAAGAUUGGAAUCUCUUCAUUUUCCUAACUACAACCAUGAUCAGUGCUUCCCAAUUAAAAAAUAAGUUUGAAUCUUCCAGACAUGUUUUCCUAUAAAUUUGAAACCAAUAUUUCCUUUCAAAAAGUUAUCUUAGGUUUUAUGUAUUCCCAACAAAAUUUAAGGAGCCUGUUCUGUUUGUAGUUUAACAAUUAUAGUGACUUCAUUGUACAAGAAAAACGAGUAAAAUUCAUUUUUAAGUUCACGCACUUUGAAAGUUGUAGCCGCAACAUUAAGCUUUAAUUUAUUCAAAUUUGUGCACGUAAA